AUGUCAUCCCCUCGCCCAAAUGACAAAUCACUACUGGACCGUCUCAACGCUCUCAAAACGUCAAGUGUUACACUUGAUCACACCCCGAAGAACCAGCCACUAUCCAGAGAAGAUGCCCUCGCUGAGCGCCUCCGACAGCUCCGGCAGGGUAAUACCGGGCCCAAUAUGUCCCGUCCCGAGGACCAGAGUCCUAAAGACGGCCCUGUAUUAGGCUCUUCGGGCAAUGCUAGUGGGGACAAACCACCAACACCGUUGGAGCAAGCACAUUCGGCACAGCCCCCGGCCACACCACGGAUCAGCAGCGACCGAGACCCGAAAGAGCAGCUCGUAAAGAGUCUGCCAUCUACACCUUCUUCACUGCCUUCGCGCACAGCAAUUCCCAAUUCGGAAAAUGCUGGCAUAUCUCAGGCAAAACCCUCUUACUUUGUUGGAGGAGGACACGAAGAUGUCGAUGAUGAUGCUGUUCAGGCUCUGUUAGAAGAUCUCGGUGGGGGGGAGGACUUCAACCUCACCGACGGCCCCCUUGAGACGGGUACUGAUACGAAAACCGAAGACCAGAGAGUCUCCGAAUUGUUGGAUGAGCUCGCAAAGGCGGUGCCGCCGAGCUCUGGCAACGAGAAAGAUGAUGAUGAUGAUGAAGACGACAACUCUGACGGCGAGCAAAUGACCGCCGCCGUUGAUAAGAUACUGUCUCAAACCCAAGAUGAACUAACCGUCUCACCCAACCCAACGGAACCGGAAGACAGCGGGAACACCCAACCCAACAACACCGACAACACCCUCAACCUCCCAACCGUCCCCACAGCCCUCCAAGACCCAGCCCCGGACCCCUUUGAAGAUGAAAUCUCCUCGCGCCUUGCCGCCCUCAGAGGAAUAGGACCAGUAGACCCCUUCGGCCUACCCGCCGCCCCGACUUUCUCACCAGAGGAGCGGGAGCGGUCAACUCCCACCAAGAAACCGCCCCUGGGUGGCAGGGAGGAAAAGUACAGUGACGAAGACGCCAAGACUUGGUGUGUGGUUUGUCUUGAUGACGGGACGAUCAAGUGUGUAGGGUGUGAUGAUUAUUUGUACUGUGAUCGGUGCUGGAGGGAGAUGCAUGUGGGACCGAGGGCGGGAUAUGACGAGAGGGGGCAUCAGUGGGUGAAGUGGAAGAAGGGGGGGAGGGGAGGGGGGUUUGAAUGA